UAGAAGAACACAAGCCAGCCUGGGGAAGGGAGAAGAAAAAAAGCACAACACGCCUCUUGGCUCCUCUUUGGUGGCAAUGCCUCACAACUUGGCAGGAGAAAAUGGCUUCAACUUUACCCAGAAACUCAUUUUCUCCAGCCCGUCCAACCCAGCGGAGAACAGCCUUACUUUUGAUACGACCAGUCCCAAGGAAUCUUGCAACACUUCCGAGAGCAAUGGCACUUUAUACUCCAGCGAAAACAGCCCUUUGGACUCCUGCAUUAAACCCCUCUGUGACGAGGGACCCGAAAACAAGAGCCAGUUCAGCAAAGGCAUUAAAUACGUCUCCUCAGAAGGGGAAGUGCUGGUGUGCGGAUGGGGAGCCUUCACGCCAAGUUGUUUACAGUUCUUCAACACGCCCAAGGGGGUCUUGUUCUUCCUCUGCGUGGCUUCUUUCCUCCAGGGGAUGACCGUGAACGGCUUCAUUAAUACGGUCAUCACCUCCAUAGAGCGGCGGUUCGAUCUCCGCAGCUACGAGAGCGGGCUGAUUGCCAGCUCUUACGACAUCGCCGCCUGUGUGUGCUUGACGUUUGUCAGUUACUUUGGGGGGAACGGGCAUAAACCGCGGUGGCUCGGCUGGGGGGUAUUGAUCAUGGGCAUUGGGUCGGUCAUCUUUGCGCUGCCCCAGUUCACCACCAGCCAAUACGAAGUACAUUUCUCGGAGGAGAUUGGCAUGUGCUCCUCCAAUCAGAGCGUGGGGUGCUCGGAAAGCGUCUCCAGCCUCUCCAGUUACCGGUUUGUCUUCAUGCUCGGACAGUUCCUACACGGGAUCGGAGCAACGCCAUUAUACACUCUUGGAGUGACCUAUUUGGAUGAAAAUGUCAAGUCUAACUAUUCCCCAGUGUAUAUCGCUAUUUUCUACACUGCUGCCAUAUUGGGCCCUGCAGCUGGCUAUCUUGUUGGAGGGAUCUUUCUGAACAUUUACACUGAAAUCGGAAGACAAAUUGAUCUUACACCGGACAAUACCCUGUGGGUUGGAGCUUGGUGGAUUGGAUUCCUGGGUGCAGGGGCUGGAUCCCUUUUGAUCGCGAUCCCCAUCUUGGGCUACCCUCAUCGCCUGCCAGGUUCUCAGCGCUACAUAGUCAUGAGAGUCUCAGAGGCCCAUCAACUGAAAGACGGCAGCCACAAAACAGCCUCAGAUCCUGACUUUGGAAAGACGGUUAAAGACCUGCCACAGUCAGUGCUACUGCUCCUGAAGAACCCAACCUUCAUCUUCCUUUGCUUAGCUGGAGCAACAGAAGCCACACUCAUUGCUGGGAUGUCCACCUUCGGCCCCAAGUUUCUGGAAUCCCAGUUUAGCUUAAGUGCCUCGGAAGCAGCAACCUUGUUCGGUUACCUCGUGGUUCCAGCCGGAGGAGGAGGCACAUUCCUCGGAGGGUUCAUCGUGAACAAAUUUAAGCUCCGCUGUUCGGGGAUUAUCAAGUUCUGUUUGCUUUGCACCAUGUCCAGCUUGCUGGCCAUUUUCAUCUUUUUCAUCGACUGCCCCAACAUGCCCAUGGCUGGAGUGACGCAGAUGUAUGACAGAAGCAUCUUACCCGAAGGCCGCCUCAACCUGUCCGCCUCUUGCAAUGUGGAGUGUGAUUGUCUGCGAGAGAUGUACAGUCCCGUGUGUGGAAAUGAUGGAAUCAUGUAUUACUCCCCCUGCCACGCAGGAUGCAAGAAAGUAUCAACCAGCCAUGACAGCGGGAAAAAGGUUUACCACGAAUGCAGCUGUAUACUUGAUGUUCCCGCUGCAUCUGGCUUGGCGACCGCAGGAAAAUGUACCUCCUCAUGUGAGAGAAGGACCCUCCUCCUGCUUUUCAUGUUUGUGGUCAUCCUCUUCACAUUCCUAAGCAGCAUUCCUGCUCUGACGGCCACUUUACGGUGCGUCUCAGACAGGCAGAGAUCGUUUGCUCUGGGGAUCCAAUGGAUUGUAGUCCGGACACUUGGUGGUAUUCCAGGACCAAUUGCUUUUGGGUCGAUGAUUGACAGGUCGUGUCUCCUUUGGCAGAACCAGUGCGGUGAACAAGGAUCCUGCUAUGUCUACCAGAACUUUGCUAUGAGUCGAUACACCCUGGUCGCAGGUGUUAUAUACAAGGUGAUUGGAUCCUUCUUCUUCCUGCUUGCUUGCGUGCUCUACAAACCACCUCCCCCUGAAUCCAUUCCGGGCAGCUCUGACGCCUCUGAAAACGGCAACUGCGACGUCCAAGAGAACAAAUACCCGCAUCAAUCUCAAGACGACGUAUAGCACAGAGGAUACGACAAGUGACUUUCACACCAUUUCCAAGAUACUGUGUCUAAAGAAUAUGUAGUCGUCUUUUCCUGUUAAA